AUGCUGACGGCACAAGAGAAACGGAUAUUCAAGGACGAACGGAAUGACAAGGAGGUAGCAAACCAAGGCACGGGAGUGAUGGACAAUAGUACAAGCAGAAUUGAGUCUGAUGACUUUUCAGGAGACAGUGGUGAUGAUUUUUCAGAUAGUGAUGGAGUAGAUGAGCUGGACUUUUUCUCCUGUCCAUUACAACUUAAUGUGUUUUGUCCUGUGAAACAACCUAUGGCUACCAACUCCCCUAAGGAACCCAGUCCAACCAACGGUUGUGAAAGUGACAAGAGACAACAGGAGAUACUGGAUGUUAACUUGAAAUGGAGCAUGAACUUUUCUAUAAGUCAACGGGAAAAAUCCAAAUCUAAGGUGACUUUUGCUGAGGGAGACCAGUUGUGUACAGUAUAUGAUUUGGAUGAUGAAGACCGGAAAUCACACUGGGAGGAAUGUGUCCGUGAUAGGGAACGAUUUCAACGCCGAAUUACUGAAGUGGGGGAGAUCAUGAAGCCUGUGUUAUCGAUGGAGAGAAGAGAUAGAAUUUAUCACCAAUAUUUAAAACAGAACUGAAGACAGACUACGAUACAGAUGAUGACUAGAGACUGAGGUUAUAAUGUGAUGGUUGAUAUAUAAGUACAUACAUUUAGAGGCCAUUGUAUUUCUUGAUUCA